AUGGCCACCAUGGUCUAUGGCCAACACCACUUGGCAAAGCCAACACAUUGCACCCAAGCUCUUCUUUCAUCUACCUGUAAGAGUUGCCGUCUAACCACCACUACGACUCCCAACAGGCCAAAUGGCUUCAUUAACCAGGCAGUAAAAAUCCAGAAAUAUAAGAUAUUAAACCAACAACUGCCUUCCAACAAACUCUACUUUGUCCGCAGAUCCUCCAAGUCACCGGAGACUGAAAGAAUAAGGCGAAGCCGACUUCCCAAGAUGAAGAAAUUACACCGACUCAUCAUAUUCCUCCUAUACUUCCACAAAUGUGUACCCCUGGAUUCCAUUAAGAAUGUAAUAACAGAAGUGGGGAAGAAGGUCACUCUGCCGUGUGGGGUGGAGUCACGCGGGAACAUUGAGUGGCAAAGGGGCGGAUCCCUACUCAUCAGAUACAAAAACUACCAGAAGCUCACAAAUAAUGUUAUAAAAGAUUCCGAUCGCUUCAACAUUCCGGACCAAUCACGCAGCGACCUGGAGAUAAGUGAUGUGCGGAGAAGAGAUUCGGGGAAUUUCACCUGCCAGAGAGACAAGAGAAACGUUCUUCAUAAAGUGCAACUCCUCGUCUUUGCAGUGUCGGCGACUCCUUCCGCAAUCCUCUUGUCCUCGGAGGACCUGGAACUGAAGAUGUCUCCUGAGGAAGUCCCGGGGCUUCAGGUGUAUUGGACGAGGGGUGAGGAUCGGCCUCUCAGGAAAGGAUCGAGUGUAGAGGUGAAGGAGGUGGAUCUGCAGAGCGGGGGUCAGUAUUGGUGUCAUAUAAAGAUGGAAGGCGGCGAAGAACUCCGAAUCCCGACAGCCAUCCGCGUUCUCGGUUCCUCCAGUCCCUCCUCGGGCAUUGUGUACAUUCAGGACCCCAAGUCCCUCAUCCUCCCCUGGAAGUUCAAUUUCCCAGUGAAGUCCAAUGAAGUGAAGGUUGUGGAAGGGAAGGUCACUUACCCCUCCGAGGUGGUCCAUGGGCUCAAUACCUCGGGGGGUUCUGUCUGCUGGCCUGAGGGCUGCGCUGGGGACGUGAGCGCCUUGGACCUCCAUCUUUCUCAUCCCACAAUUGGAGAAUAUCGGAUGGAGAUUCUUCUAGAGAUGGAGGGCAGGAGGAGGACGAGGCUGCAGAGGAAGGUCUGUGUGGCCGGGCUCACAGUCUCCUCCUCUGAGGCCGACCUCUCCAUGGACUCCAUCGUCACCCUUCUGUGCCAAACAAACUGCCUGGAAGAGGACGGGCGGCUCUGCUGGCAAAACACCAACAUAAAGCGGGAAAAGUGCGGCCCCCCGGGGGGAAGAAACCUGACCGAGGAAGUGACCGUCACCCCGGAGACCCUGGGGAACUGGACCUGCCGCGUCCUCCUCCGAGAGAAGACCGCCGUCAGCGCUAAUCUGACACUCGCUGUAGGGGUGGAGGCGGAGUCCCGGAAGAUGUCGGGUUACCUGUUCUGGGUGACGAUUGGCGUCGGCGUUCUCCUUCUCCUCCUGAUUGUGAUGAUCGUUGUCGUCGCGGCGGCUCGGUCGCGCAGGAUGCGGCGGGCCCGGAAGAGGGCGUGGCUGAUCCAGAAUAUCCACCAACAGAAGAGGUGUGAGUGCGGGGGGAUUCCAAUCCAACGAUUUAAAGAAAACGUCUGAAGAAAGUUCUGAUUGUUAUGAGGACACAAUUGUAUUGCCAAGCAGGCUGGCUCUCCUUAGGGGCCCAUAGGGGGCGCCACCUUCCCUGCACUGGCUGGCAGCCAGUUGAUCCCGCCAGAAACGUGCG